UUGCCUUGGGUGAGGGUGAGAGGUGGUUUGGCCAGAAGGAGAACAGUGGGAUUAAACAGCAGUCAGAAAAGGGGCUGCUGCCAAGCCUGAGUGGCUCUGAGAGCACUGCUGAGCUCAUAGGAGCCUCUUAGCACAGCACAGAGAGGCAGGGGAGAUUCACAGUGUGAAUGGGGCAGGAGGGGGACCUGCAGGUGGGACCUCUGCCCAGUGCCAAGAAAGUGGUUGGAGAUUUUUGUAGGGAGAUCUGAGCUAGUCCUGGUUAUGACACAGCCCCUUACUGAUGGAUAAACUGCAGAUCUCCUGGGACACUUGAGUACUCUAACCCCAGGAUUAGCUGGCUACCAACAACAAGCUGUAAUAUUUUUUUGUCUUAAAUAAGACAUGUUUCUUAAAUGGAUGUGUAGGAGGUCUCUCCUGUUGCUCCAGUGUCUAACCAGGCCUCCCUGCUUAUGACUGCCCUGGGGGUGGGGAGAGUUGAGAUGCUCAGUUUCCUCAUUCCUGAGAGUUCCGUGCUUGGACUCUCCACUCCUUAGCUGCAUUCAGUUAUUUAAGCAGGACAGCUUGGGAGGAUAUAUCAUGCAACAGGCAGGGGCUGCGCUGAACAGUGUGGGACCUUCAGGCUCCUGGUGUUUGACUUGUCUCCGUAGAUGCUGUGACCAUGGCAUCCCAAGGCCAGGUCAUUUUCUGGAGCAUGACUACAGUCAUUGUCAUCCUGGCUGCAGUGAUCGCCCUGAUCAUUGGUUUUGGUGUCUCAGGAAAACACUCCAUCAGUGUGACGGCGUUGACGUCUGCAGGGAACAUUGGCCAGCGCAGCGUCCUGGGCUGCUCUUUCGAGCCCAACAUCCGGAUGGACAGCAUUGCAAUCCAGUGGGCCAAGGAGGGGGUAGCUGGGCUGGUUCACGAGUUUAAGGGUGGGAAGGACGACCUGCAAGAGCAGGAUCCGUCAUUUCAGGGCCGCACGGCCGUGUUUGCAGACCAGGUGAUCGGCGGGAAUGCUUCCCUGGAGUUGAGGGAUGUGCAGCUCUCCGAUGCUGGCACCUACCACUGCUCUGUCACCACAGCCAGAGGGAGUGGGGCAGCAGUGCUGCGGUACAGGACAGGAGCCUUCAGCAUGCCCGUGGUGCAGGUGGAGCACAGCAGCCAUGGGGCCACGCUGCAGUGCGAAGCCCCGCGCUGGUUCCCUCGCCCUGCCCUGCGCUGGACGGCCUGCGGUGACACUGGGGAGCCCCUGCCCCUUACUGCCACCACCAGCUACGAGCUGAACCCCGAAAACAUCACUGUGAAGGUGGUUUCCCUCCUGCACAACAUCACUGCUAAUGCCACCUACACCUGCGUGAUUGAAAACAGCAUUGCCAAGGCUGUGGUCAACAUGAGAGUGACAGAUUUCAGCUUUACAAAGGUGAGCAACUUGCAGUUGCUGAACCUGAAUGCAGAGUCAGUGUCAUCCUCCUUUCCAGCCUGUCACUGGAUGCUUCUGCUUCCCUUGUACCUGCUGUCAAUAUAAAGCCUCUGUAAAGCAAUUGGGAACUCUGCUGGACCCGCAGAAAGCACCCACAGAAAGUAAGGCUGUCACAGCAACAUUUGAAAAGACUUCUGCUUGAAGCUGUUUUGGCAACCUUUUAUGAUGGAGUCUCACAACGUUAAUGAAUGGUGGCAUCUAUCAGGUCUUGUGCCACUCACACUUCGGUCUCAGAAGUGGACAGUGGGCCUUGAAGAACGACACUUCACUCAUGCUCAGUAAAACCACUGCCUGUAUCACAGCUCAGUACCUCCGUCUUCUUACCAGCCCCCACCUAAUGUUCAGGCUGCUGCUGAUAAACUGCAAAACAAUGCCCAAAUAAUCUUGUCAUUUAGCACUGUGAUUUAGUCUCCAAACAGCAGCUUACUCACUUCCCUUCUUUUCUUGAAGGAGAUGCUUUAAAAAUGUAAUUAUUUCAAUCAGGUUAAGAAGACCAUACCCUGUGGGAACUGUAUAGUUUUGUUAAUGGUCACCAUACGACAAGUAAACCUGAAUACUAAAAUAGAUACCAAAACA